AUGAACACCUUGUCAACCAAUUUAAUGUCAAUUACUGAACUGAUUCCUGUUAUUUUCCUUGUCUUUCUAGUUAAUGGGAAUUGAAGUGGAAGCUGAAUAUGGAGGAACAGACUCAUCAUUUUUUAUGUCCUGUCUUGUUGUUGAAGAACUGGCCAAAAUUGAUCCAGCUGUCAGUGUGAUGUGCGAUGUCCAGAAUACCUUAAUUGUCACACUGUUUAGAAAGUAUGGAACGCCUCAACAGAAAGAGCAGUAUUUACCCAGACUAGCAGAGAAUAUGUUUAAAAUUGAAUAUUAAGAAUUUACAUUAUUAANGGUCGGCUCUGGAUGUGAUGCCUUUGCUCUUAAGACCAAGGCUGAAAAGAAGGGAGACUUCUACGUAAUCAAUGGCUCCAAAAUGUGGAUCACCAAUGCCGAACAUGCAGGAGUGUUUUUUGUUUUUGCCAAUGUUGCACCAGAAAAGGGAUACAAAGGGAUUACAACAUUUGUAGUCCCAAAAGAAACUGAAGGGCUUUCACUUGGCAAAAAGGAAGACAAGCUUGGAAUAAGAGCAUCAUCAACUUGUCCUGUAAACUUUGACAAUGUAAAGGUUCCUGCAAGUUCAGUUUUAGGUCAAGUUGGUCAUGGUUACAAGUAUGCCAUUGACUGUCUCAAUGAAGGACGCAUUGGGAUUGGAGCUCAGAUGCUUGGACUUGCUGAGGGCUGUUUAAAUGCCACAGUUCCUUAUUUGCAUGAAAGGAAGCAGUUUGGUCAGAAGAUCUGGGAUUUUCAGGCUGUCCAUCAUCAGGUCGCGCACGUGUUCACACAGAUUGAAGCUGCUAGACUGUUGGUGUACAAUGCUGCACGGAGAAAAGAGGCUGGGCUCUCCUUCCUACGAGAAGCUGCUAUGGCAAAGUACUUCGCGGGCGAGGUAGCUGCCCUGACGACUUCAAAGUGUAUCGAGCUGAUGGGAGGAGUCGGUUUUUCCAAACAGUAUCCAGUGGAGAAAUUCUAUCGAGAUUGCAAAAUAGGUGCCAUUUACGAGGGAACCACGAACAUUCAACUGUCGACAAUCGCCAAAAACAUGACAGAAUUUGAGCCAUAGAGGAAAAUUCUCUUUCACGGAUCGACAAACGAAUCUGUGGAACGUUCAUCGCAAUCAAGGACUUUUCCGAUGCUUCACAAAAAGUAAAAUUAUCUUUGAAGUACUGUGCAGUAAUUAUGGACAAACUCUCAUGGUUGCUCUGUUGGAUAAAAUCUUUGGUGCUCAAGUGUACGCCUGGGUGAACAAUUUCAAAUGAUCAAAUGGUAUGAGGGAGGUAUUCCUUCUUUAUUCGAAGCUCCGACCUUAGAGGCAGGUCAAGGACUUGUGCAGUGGAGACGAGGAAUGAACAGUGCGAAUCUCGCAGGUCGAGCGACUUACACUGGACUUAGUUAAUACAUCAGCCACUCUUUGUUGUUUAAAAUGCAGGUUGUUUCAAUUCAAUCGGAGAACAGUCGCCGUGAAUGGCAAAUCUUGGUGGAGGACCCGUGGAGUUUCCGAGUUUUAUUAUCCUGUCAAAACAAUGCGUGAUCGGUCUGAAACUUGUCUCGACCGCAUAGCGCUGAAAAUAUUCGUUCAGUUACUUAGCAACCAAUGAUGUGAGCAGAAAGUUUUAAGUAGUCAACGUUUCUCAAACAAACUUGACCGUAGAUCAACAAAUCACAGUAGUUAAAAUACAAAUGCGGGGCAGAAUUUUUGCGUUUAGAUUAAUAUACCUUGGUGGCGAUUUUCUUGUACGUGAUAUUUAUAUUUUGUCAGGUACAUAUUGUUAUUUCUCUUAUAAAAAGGAAGCGAGGUCGUUGAAUCAAUGUACCCAUUUUAUUUAUUGCAGUCUAUAUCUUAUUUUAGGGGUUUAUAUUAGAUUUAAACCUGAAGACUAUAAAAGAGGCUGAAAGUCAGUAAUAGAGAAAUGUGUAAAUGAAGUAAUAAUAAACUGAGUGACUCAGCUAUAUUUGAUGGUAA